UGGGGGGCAUGAUUCUGGGGCCACAAAUAUAUUGUGAUGCAGACAGAACAUGAUGUGAGGCUGUUGUUCCUUCGUGGUGAGAUCACCCACCGCUAGAUGUUGGCCUGAGCUCCCCGUGUGGAGCACUAAGAGUCUAGGACCCGAAGUUCGGGUGGUUGGUGGUUGGAUUUUUGGGAUGAAGUUCGCGUCGUCGCGCGUCGUCGAGCUGUAUUUUGAGUCGACUCAAAAUAAGCUGAAUGUCGGCCUGAGCCCCCCGUUUCUAGUAUUAGGACUCGAAGUUCGCGUCGUCUCGGGUUGUCGGAGGUUCUCAGAAUGGCGUCCAUCGGGGUUGGCUCCGCCGGUGCUCGCGGCGGUCGGCGAGGUCGCGGCUCGCGGCUGCUCCCUGCAUUUCCAGCCCAGGGUCACCUCUCACUCCUCCUCGCGUCCUUCCUCCUCUUCUUCGCCUCCAGCCGCCACCCUCCGCAAAGAGCGGCGCAUUUAGCGGCGCGAUUCUCGGCGCUGCGUCCUUGCCCGAGCUCUCGUCCUACUCGAGCACGGCGCUGCUCGAUCCGCGCUUCGAGCUCUUCUGGAGCGUCAACGCGAGCGACGCGACCAUCCACGUGGCGGUCAGGGCGCAGACGGCGGGAUGGGUCGGAAUAGGCAUCUCCGAAACAGGCGGAAUGGUUGGCUCUGACAUGCUGGUGGCGUGGGUGGCGGAGGAGGAGGGCCGCGUGUAUGCGUCUGAUUGGUUUGUGUUCAACAAGACGGGCGAAGGCGUCGCGUUGGACGCGCAGCAGGACUGGCACGUGCUGGGCGGCAGCCAGACCGCCGACCAAUCCACGGGCGCCACGUGGACCACCGUGCACGUGUGGCGCCAGCUGGAUAACCCUCGACUGCAAUGACCGCCCCAUUCCUGCUGGCGCUUUGUCUUAUAUCGUCUGGGCCAUGGGCACAACCGACGAGCUCGCCUAUCACAGCUCGACACGUGGCGCCACCUCACUCCUGCUGGUCCCCGCCCCAGGCCCCUCCAGCCUCACGCCUCCCGCCCCUCCCACCACCGCCCAAUCCGCGGCUGCCAGCUGGCCCACCAUCACGUCAGCAGGCAAGCUCGCCUCUGUGGGAUCGGGCAACGGGAAGGCGAACGGGCAGGCGAACGGGCAGGCGAACGGGCAGGGAGUGGGGAGUGAGCGUGCCCGGUACAACCUGACCAUGUCGGACCACAAGGUGUCGACCAACUACACCACCUACGUGUGCAAGACGUUUGACCUCUCCCUCCCAUCCACGCGCCACGUCACAGCCUUUGGCAUCCACGUCAACUCGUCCCACCCACCCGUGCUCCACCACGUGCUGCUCUUCGGCUGCCCCCUCGACCAGUACAAGGACAUACCAGCCACCGAUGGCGCAUAUGACUGCAGCCACACCAACGCGCCCUGCCAGGGGCACACCGUGGGCAUGUGGGGGCUGGGGGCUCUCCCCUAUUCCUACCCUGACAGCGUCGGCAUGCCCAUCGGUCCCGGCUACUACACCAAAUUCGUGUUGCAGAUCCACUACACGAACCCCGAGGGCCGUGCUGACAUCAUCGACAGCAGCGGAAUGUUCAUCGAAACUUCUCCUCCGCGCAAGCACGAUGCUGGCAUUAUGAUGGUGGGGCCGGUGUUCUACAACUACCUCAUCCAGAUACCACCCGGCCAGCCCUCAUGGACGCAGGAGAACGUGUGUCCUGGGCGCUGCACCAAGUCAGUGUUCCAGAACGAGUCUGUCAAUCAUCGCUGCUUCUCUGCACCAGCACACGCUGGGGAGGCAGGUAACAACUUCCUGCAGAUGCACACGGACGUGUAUCGGGAUGGGGCCAAGGUCAGCACGGUAGCACGUGUGGACUACUACGACUUUGCCUCGCAGCAGAUGCUGCAGGUGCAGCCGCCCCAGGAGCUGCUGCCCGGGGAUGAGCUGCGUACCAAGUGCGUGUGGGACUCCACAUCACGCUCAGAGGUGACCAUGGGCGGCGAGUCGAGCCUGGACGAGAUGUGCAUCAGCUUCCUCAUCUACUACCCGGAAUAUAGAGACAAACGAGAGAUGCGGUCGUGUGUGGACAUGUGUGGCGAUAUAUCCUCGGGGUCGCUUGUGAUGAAUCCAGCCAGCCCCAACCUCGUCAGCUUCGCCAUCUGCGGCCCGGGCAGUGACAGGGAGAGGGUGAAGCUCGGAUUCUCAAAGUGUAACAUCAGCUACGGGGAGAACCAGCCGCUCUCAGUGCUGCACGGCUGCAUGGAUGCCACCGCCCUCUCUCUCGCCCACAUCCCCCUGAGGGACAUAUCCGUUCCUAUCAGCUCCACCCCAGACCCACUCCCACCAUCCACUGCUAGCAAUGCCACCGCCGCCAUUCCCACGCCUUCCUCCUCCGAUCCCACCGGCACCGGCACCGGCAGUGCCGCGGGUGGGGGAACGACUAGCAGUGGCAGCGGCGGUGGUGGCAGCAGCAGCAGCACGGGCGGCAAAGGGGCCGCCACGCGGCACACCUCACAUGCUGCUCUGCUGGCGGCCGUUGCUGCUGUUGCACUUGCGAUGCUUCCCUAGUUGAUGGACGGGUGGAUGAUAUUGAGCCUUUGAGUUGACUCAAAAGUCGUCUUUUGAUGUUGGGUUUGAUAAUUGAUUGCUGCGCUUUCCUGUUGCAUCUUGAGUAAACCUACCACAUUCUCUCUUGCUAUGCUUUCAACCCUAGUUCCAAUUCCUGAAACCAUGCCUUA